AUGGCAUAUUCAUAUUACUUAAUCGCAUUUCUCCUUUAUUCUCCUCGUUGCUCUGGAAAGACGCCAGUCAGCUUCAAUAUCAGUGGUUCGCUGCACAAUAGAACUGCAAGAUGUGCGACCACCUUUCCCCCUAAUUGCUCAGAUGACGCCUGCUACAGUCUUGUCAUACAUCACGAAGAGGGCAAAAUCCUUCGACUUGGUUGUCUGUCGUCGAUAAGUGCUGACAAAUCUCUCGUUUGCAGGAACGCACUGUCUUUCUCGAAUAACCAUUCGACGUGCAUAGAUACAGGGACACGUCGUGUUUGCUGCUGCCAUCAGACAAAAGAGUCGUGCAAUUCACUUUGGGAACCUCAUCUGAUCUUUCCGAACUUGGGUAAAAAUGAGGUGGUCGGGCUUAUAGCUGGUGUUAUCGCAGUACUCAUUACGUUUGCUUUACUAUACUCUUUACUGGAGUCAUCAUCAAGAGAUUUGAAUCUAAGCGGUCAAAGAUUGCAAGACGGCAGGAUCACUCGAUUUGAACUGAAUUUUGGAGUAAUUAAAGUUGUGAUAGUCGUUCUGCUCUGCAUAUGUCUGUGGUAUCCUGUAUUACCACAAUGUCAGGAUCAUGCUGAAGGUGUAUUCGAACAGAAGUACCAGUAUAUUCACCAGUUGACCGCCUUUUCCUCGGUUGGAUUUUUUUAUUGUCUCUAUCCUCUGCUUCUUUUCUUGCUAGAUAUGAACAGACUGCGGGUUAUGUAUGCGCGGAGCAUUAUUUCUCGGACCGCUUAUAGCAUCGUUUCUGUGGCAGCAACAGUAUUCUCCAUCGUACCUCUAUCAUUGUUUGUCUACUACACCGCGCCACUCUACCGUCGUGAAUUUGGAACCAAUUAUUGUAAAUUAGGGAAGCAAUUGCUCCGAAUUAUGCUUGGCAAAUUGUUGUAUGGAGUAUAUGUAGCAGUGGGUUUUGUGCAGGAAGGAGCACUGCUCUUUCUGAUUUUCAACUAUCAUGAAGUUGAAAAAAAUGAAGUGAGAUCCCCAGAAAAAAACACACUCAAGGAAAGUUUUAGAGAUCAUCUUGACACAGCAAAAUCGGACAGCACAAUUGAGAAAGAAGAAGCGCUACGUAUUUCACCUUUACCAUUCAUUUUGGUCGGCAGAACAGAAACCGUGCUUUCGCUUGAGAACUUGCACGCUAGUGAGUGGAUAUCGCUAAGAGCCCUCGUGUCAUCUCCGAACUCCUACUCUAUCCGUCCGCAGAAGGUCAUAAUCCCGCCUCUGAGAAGCUCCACUAUCUCUAUUCAACUUCUAAGUGAUGUAGAUCUACCUUCAGCAAAAGAACCAGGUCUUUUGCUUCAGUGGUUCACCAUCGGCGAAAAUCAUUUAUGCGUGGACGUGACGCGUCUUUGGCAACGACCGUAUCUGGUGCCUAGAAGUAACUGGAAAUUCUACGUUCUCCCGAUAUACCAUGAAUCCGUAGAAGACCCAAGGCAGGAAUCACCGCUCAGCGCCAGUAUGGCGUGA